ACACACUGGAUCAACCAAUCAGAAAAUUUUACAUUGAAUUGGUCAAGCGAGUUUUGCGAAUUUUCAUCUGAGCGAAGUUGGUCAGCCUGAUCGUAAAAACAUUGGACGCAUUGGCUGCUGUGGUUUUGUUGGUUAGGAGCGACUGCAAGUUUUAACGUGAAAGACGUACUUUAAAUGAGAAGAAUGUCGCUGCCCAUAGUGUUUGUGACAGGCAACGCCAAGAAGCUGGAGGAAUUCGUCGCUAUUUUAGGACAAGACUUUCCUCGAAGGAUAACGAGUAAAAAGAUUGAUCUGCCUGAGUAUCAGGGUGAGAUAGACGACAUAUGUCGAGAGAAAUGUCGGGCCGCGGUAAACCUGGUGAAGGGCCCGGUAAUUAUCGAAGACACCUGUCUCUCCUACAACGCGAUGAAGGGCCUUCCGGGACCUUACAUUAAGUGGUUCCUCGAGAAACUGCAUCCCGAGGGUCUUCACAGGAUACUCCAUGGAUUUGAGGACAAAUCGGCGGAGGCUAUUUGCACGUUUGCUUACUGUCCGGGCGAAGGCUCGGAAGUCCAUCUGUUUCAAGGUCGAACUCAAGGCAACAUUGUGAAUCCACGGGGUCCCAGGGACUUUGGCUGGGAUCCUUGUUUCGAACCGCUGGGCUACGAUAAAACUUACGCGGAAUUGUCGAAGGUAGAAAAGAACAGGAUUUCUCAUCGCAGCAAGGCAAUAGAAAAACUAAAAGAUUAUUUUAUGAACGAGAGGAUUUAAUUUAUUACAUUGUGUAAAUAAAAUUACCAUUAUAAAACUUGUAAGUACUAAAAAUUACUAUAUUACUAAUAAAUUAUUAAUAUUUUA